CCAUUUGCACCGUCAGCAGCACGAAGGGGCGAGCAUUAGCAGGUGUGAAGGCAGGUGGUGGUGGUGGUGGCAGCAGGAGGCAGGAUAGGCAGCAGGAGGAGGAGGAGGAGCCAGCAGGAGCGAUGGAUUCAGUCAGAGCCGGACGGUGCUGUGGACAGGACGUGGGUGCCUGGCGUCAUCGCGAGGAAAGAAGCACCGGGACCCCUCGAGUACCCUGGCAGGAACUUGUUAGCGGGACGUGCGAAGUUUAAUUGUCGUUGUACGGAGAUAAUGGAGUAACGAGUCGUUCUCAUCUCUUUUUUUUUCGUACUUCCGGCGCUGUACGUAAGUCUUUCGGUAGUGAACUUUGGACACUUGUGGCGAAGUUUUCAGAGGGAAGGUGCUUCAGAAAAGGACAAACUUUUAUCGCUCAGAGCACCGCGCAGACACUCCGACUCAGCCGACGCCAGCAAGAUGGACCCCGCCGGGAUCUUCCGCAUCAUCACCAACAGCACCCUUCUAGCCACGCGCCUCCUGCCAGCGGGCCGUCCCUCGCCGCUGGUGUUCCCGUCUCCUCGCCUCUGUGUCACGGUGGCCGAGGACUUGCCGCUCGGGACCGUUCUCAGCACCGUCACUGCCGCAUACACUCACGGGGAGGAGGUGAGGUACAACAUCUCCGGCGGCAACACUGAGGGUCUCUUCCGCAUCGACCAGCUCUCCGGCACCGUCACUCUGGCCGGCGCCCUCGACCAUGAGCUUUGCGACAAGCACGAGUUGGUGGUGACCGCCGAGAGUGGGGGCCGCGCCGCCCUCACGGUGCUGGUUGUGCGUGUGGAGGACGUUAACGACAACCCGCCGACGUUUCUCGUUCCUGAUCAGCGGCUCACCAUUGUUGAAGAGGACGACAGGGACCUGCCAGCCAUCAUCGCCAAGGUGGAGGCCGUGGAUGCGGACGAAGGGGAUGCAGGGCGGUUGGUGUUCCGAGUGAGCGGCGACGGGGCGGGCACGGCGGCAGCGGGGCGGAGGCAGCUGGACGUCGAGGAUGCUGUCUUCUUCACCAUCAAUGCUCGCACCGGGGACCUCAUCCAACUGAAGGCUCUGGACCGUGACCCGCCGCUGGGCAGGAGUGUGUGGAGACUCAGAGUGGAGGUGCGGGACGGCCAGCGGUGGGGGGAAGGUGAGGCCACUCCAGCACCCCCUCUUCCUCCCAUAUCCCCCACUUACCUCCACCGCCAGGCCUCGUGGGGUCACCAUGAGCCCGGCCGUGACCCAAGUGUUGCCGAAGGGAUACCCAGCGGCGAACAGAAAAAGAAGAAAAUUAAUUAUCACAUGAAAGAAACUUCGUCCCUGGGCCUCAAGACCGCUGCUCCCAGGUCGGGGUUUCUGUACAAACACAAUUACGAUGUUAGGCAAGAAAGACAGUUUAUUAAGAUGAAAAAUGUGACCGGAAGUUUGCGUUUACCGCGACAUUUUCGAUCUAAGUUUGGUGUAGACUUUCAAUGCCGAGACGCUGAGUGUCCACGCGAGUACGGAAACGGUAACAGUGGGAGCAAACACACCCAAAGCACUGCCACAGAAACAUUAUACGGCCGCUGGAACACUGCUCCCCGCGGCCUACAAAUGGAUCGCUUGAAAGUUUUAAAGAAAUCUCGUCUCGUUCCAAUCUUUACACCUGAACCCCACACGACCGGCCAGCGGAUGAGGAACCGAAGGCACCACCGGCGAGAGGGGCGGGAGAGGGCGCUUGGCAGGAACGAUGGUGUACGUAAAACCAGCGAAUCGGUGGGACACAAGAGUCAUAGAAAAGUGAGGAAGAUACGGCCUCGUCGCCCUCGAACCUCAAUAAACCUUCCCCCGAGGGUUGUCAGCCGCAGUACAAGAGGCAAGGCCGUGACUACAGGAGAUUCAGCUAUAACAACUCAUAACACAAGCUGGAGGAUAACAAGUUCUUCGUCAAGGGAAUCAGAUACAGUUCAGCCAUACAGCAGACAUAGAGGCGUGUGGUCCACCCUUCAACCUGUAAACCAGGCACCAAACUACUGGGGUCGAAAUGAGAAAGGGGAGGUAGACUUUAACCUUCCAAGCGAUACUAUGUGUGACUCUGAGCCCCACGGUACGAGUCCAGGUAGUGACCAUCCUUCUAUACUCACCAGAGGACGCAGGGUAACACGAGACACCUCAGGGACAACAGUGAGGAAAUUGGCGGAUGCUGCAACGGAUGAUUUGGAGUGUAGGAGAUUUAUGUUACGAAGAGACUCAGCGCAGGGUGGGGAGGAACAUUGGGGCAGGAGGGUGCACGUGACGGAGACGACGGUGACGGUGCUGGUGAAGGACAUCAACGACAACGCUCCAGUGUUUCCCGACCUCACCAUGAUCGGGCGGGUGAGGGAGAACGCUGCAGAAGGCGCCGCGGUGGUGACGGUGGCAGCCUGGGAUGCUGACGACGCGGCGGACGGGACCAACGCGCGCCUCACCUACGCCAUCGAGAAGAACGUAGUGGACGAGGCCUCCGGCGCCGCCCUCUUCAGCGUGGAGCCGCACACGGGGCAGGUACGGACGACGCGCUGCUGUCUGGAUCGGGAGGCCACGCCCGAGUACCGCCUGCAGGUAGUGGCCGCCGACGGGGGAGGCCUGAAGGGCACAGGCACGGUAGUGGUGCUUGUCGUCGAUGAGAACGAUAACCCGCCGCGCCUCGCCCGCCGCCGCUGGGAGCUGGAGGUGGAGGAGACGCCCCCCGCCGCCCCGCCGCCCAACACUACGCUGCUGGAGAUGACCGCUGCUGACAAGGACACCGACACGUCCUUCCUCUUCAGGGUCGAACCGAAUAGCGGACCGGGCUGGGACAACUUCGGUUUGCGCUCCGUGGGCUUCGCGGGGCAUCUCUUCGCCCGGAGGAGCCUCGACUACGAGCAGGAGGCACACCGACGCGGCUUCAGGUUUCGUGUGCAGGUGACUGACCAGGCUCCUGGUGGCUGGGGGAACCUCGCUCACAUGGACUUCGCCUGGGUCACUGUCCGCCUGAAGGAUGUGAACGACAACCCGCCGCUGUUCACGCGCUCUCACGCCCACGUCACGGUGAGCGAGGACGCCAAGCCGGGCACACCGCUGGUCUCGAUGCCUGCGCGAGACCCAGACGCGGGCGGCCAUCGCGGUGUGGACUACAGGCUGCAGGGCGGUUGGGACUCCUUCGAUGUCGACGCAAUGGGCCACAUCAGUCUCCGGCAGCGGCUGGACCGGGAGUCUCCGCGGGGCGCAGCCGGUGUGGCGUUGGUGGUGGCCGUGGACCGCGGGACGCCCCCACUGACCGCCACCGCUACCCUCACCAUCUCUGUUAUCGACGUGAACGACUGCCCGCCCAGCAUCCUGCCGCCCACCGUCCUACACGUGAUGGAGGGCGGCCCGCCAACCCGUCUGGGCGUGCUCGAGGCGACGGACCCCGACGAAUGGGCACUUGGCCACGGCCCGCCCUUCAACUUCUCACUGGCAUCCACAAACUCUGCCACUGUUCUCUCCCUCGUCAAGCUCAAGUUUGACCCUCUUCUGUUCAACGGGCGCGGCGGGGCGGAGCUGUGGACGGCCGGCUCGGUGGACAGGGAGAGGCACCAGCGGCUGAACGUGGCGGUGCAGGUGUCAGACGCGCAGGGCCACGCCGCCACCCACGCUAUCACUGUGCUGGUGGACGACCUCAACGACAACCCUAUGCGGCCCGGCGCCAAGACCGUCUAUCUCUGGAAGACUCAGGGCGGCGGGUCUGAUGCUCCUCUGGGCCGCGUGUUCGUCGAGGACCCGGAUGACUGGGACCUGGGGGACAAGGAGUUCCAUUGGGCCGGGUCACCGCACCCGCUCUUCUCGCUGCACCCCCGCGACGGCACCAUCUUCGCAUCCAGUCAAGUUCGGGAAGGCAGGUACGAGUUGCAGUUCUCCGUAAGCGACCGGGUGUGGCGUCAGAGAGGUGUGGCGGCCAACGUGACGGUGGUGGUGCACACGCUGCCGCCCGACGCCCUCACACACGCCGCCCCCCUCGCCCUCACGCCCACCACGCCCACGGACCUCACGCGGGGCUGGUCUCCCUCGAAAGGAGGAGGAGUACUUGGCGCGUUGCUGAGGGAGAUAAUCAAGAUCGUGGGGGAGCCAGAAGGUACUGCCGAGGUUGUGAGUGUGUACGAGUGUGGCGGGUCCUCCCCAGCCCGCCAGACAGCCCCCAGCGCCACCCCAGACCCGCCCUCCGACCCCACGACCUCCUGUGUGUGGGUGAGCGUGAAGGAGGCUGAUGGAGGCUUUGUGAACUCCGUCAAACUCCAGGGCCUCCUCACCAUGCACGCCGGUCAGCUGGAGGUCGCGACAAGGCUUUCGGUGGCGGUGACGAGUGACCCGGGCGGCGCGGCGUCUCCCCAGUGGGCGCAUACCCUGGAGACUCCCCACGGUGACCUCCAGGCUGUGGGGGAGCCGAAGCUUGGUGCAGCCUCCUUCAUGGCCUCCACCAGCCUCCCAUUGCAGGUCGUAGACACCAACACCACCUCCCUCGUCACACCACGCCUAACCCGCACUCGCUCCUGCGUCACCCACUCCCGUGAGCCGGAGACAUGUACGCCCACCUCCUGCCUCAACGGGGGCCGCUGCGUCAGGAACAUGCGAGGGGAAAACAGGUGUGUGUGCUCCGGGAGGGCGUGGGGGCCGCAGUGCAAGGUGCUGAGCCGCACUUUCUGGGGCUCCGGGUGGGCGUGGCUCAAGCCCCUGCCGCCCUGCCUGCCCGUCACCCUGGCUUUCCGCCUCCUCGUCCGCCACCCCCAGGGCCUCCUCCUAUACGCCGGUCCCCUGGCACCCACGCCGAGCCCAGCCACGCCCACACCCAUGCUCGCCCUGCAGCUGGAGGACGGGCGGCCUCAGGCACUGCUGGAGGGUGAGGGCGGCCCCAUCAAGCUGCAGGUGAACACCAGCCUUCACGACGGCCGCUGGCACAGCCUGCACCUGGCAGUCGAUCACCAGGGCGCGUCGUUGAUGGUGGACCAGUGCGGGAGGGGCUGGGAGCACGGGGCUCUAGGCGACGCUCACUGCUUGGCGCGUGGGCGGUGGAGGGCUCCGAGGAGAGGCGGUGUAUGGCUGGAGGCGGCGUUUCUGCAGGUUGGUGGCCAGGCCCAGACGCCACCCCGCCCCGAGGACUACGGGUGGCGAGAGGCGCCCACUCGACAUCGCUUGACCGGCUGCCUCUCCCGCCUCACCGUCAACACUCAGGUUGUGGAUUUAGGUAACCCAGUACAUAGUCACGCUAGUGCCGGCGGCUGCCGUGAGCAAGAUGAAGCGUGCCCAAGCAGGUGUGGGUUUCGAGGGCAGUGUAUGGGGGGCUUGCGACGCCCGCGGUGUGAAUGUGACCCGGGGUGGACUGGACUGUCUUGUGCUACUCCCACUGUUCCCGUCCGUCUCGGGGUGGCCUCCUACGUGAAGGUGGCGCUAGCUUUCUCGCCGGAGCCGUGGGCGGUGCGGGCACAGGUGCGUGUAAGGCUGCGCGGCGCCCACUCCGGCAUGCUGCUGCAGCUGGCCGCCCACCACCGCGCCGCCACCCUCACGCUGCAGUUGCAGGCGGGCGUAGCGUGCGCCUCCGUGUCAGGGGCCGGCUGGGAGGCGCGGCAGGCCUGUGUGCUGCAGCGGCCGCUCGGGGACGGCGCCUGGCACACGGUGGCGGCCGAGCGUUGGGGCCACAGCCUGGUGGUGCGGGUGGACGACGGGGACGACUGGCGCUGCAACGAGACACUGGUGGGGCUGACGGCGCUCGCCUCGCUGGACCCGCCCAAGCCUCUGCGGGUGGACAGGCACGAGGGCGUGACGGUGGGCGGCCUGCCGGAGUUCAGGGGCGUGGAGUUGAUGGCUGUCCACGAUGACCUGCAGGACACAUGUAUAGACGACCUGCGUGUCUCUGGACGUCCGCUGCCGCUGUCGUCCGCGGUGAACACCACCAAGUGGGGCCAGGUGACCACCACGGGGCAGGUGGCGCAAGGGUGCAGCCCCCCGGGGGACGCCUGCCGCAACUCCAGCUGUGCGGCGCCGCUCUUUUGCCACGCCACUUGGCAGCAGCCGUCCUGCAGCUGUGGCCUGGGGGCGCGGCUGGUGGGCGGCGGCUGUGAGGACGUGGACGAGUGCCAGUGGCGGCCGUGUCUGCACGGCGGCGUGUGCCACAACCUGCAGCCUGGGUACCUGUGUCUGUGUGGGGCAGACCACGUUGGGGACCACUGUCAGUGGCCGGUGUCGCCGCCACAGGGCCACCUCCUUGCCGGCCCCGCAGCCAUAGCUGGUCUCACCAUCUCCCUCCUAGUUCUGGUGUUCGUAGUCGUCAUCCUGUUCCUGAGGCUGCACCGGUUCCUGCUGACCCGUCGGUCACCAGAAGUAAAGAAGAGAGGCAGCGGUGAGCACCUUAAAGGUGUGGGUGUGGGUGGUGAGCCCCUUAAAGGUGUGGCGGUGGGCGGGGUCAAGGCCACGGCAACGCUGAUCUCUGAGGAAGACUCCGCUGGCCCGGAGCUGCUCAGGCUGGAGGUGUUGGACGGCCCGACGGACAACCCGUGCAAAGGUUCAUCAGCGGACGGUGGAGGCGGCGGCGGCAGCGGAGUCUCCUCAUCUAUGUCCAUGGCGGAGGUGCAGCGACUGUCUGUGCUCCUGGAGGCCGCGGAGUCGUUGCCGGGGGAUAGGCCGAGUGACUACUUGUGCGAGGGAAACAAAUUCGCCGCCACACGGUCCCUCGCCUCCACUCUUGCCGGGGACUGGGAGCCGCCCCCAGCCGUGCCCUCCGCCGCCGCACCAUCUGUUAAAGCUCCCUCUCUUCCGGGUCAUCCGCUGUCCGGGUCAUCUUGGACACCACGCGCUCCGCCACACGACGCCGCGGCUUUCCCUGGCCGGGAGGAAAGGUGCGUGGAAAGUGUAUUGUAGUGUUGUCUGGGCCCGGACACCCUGCCAAGAACAAGACGCUCUUCAUCCCUUGUCUCCUGGAGUCCCGCCGCGCCUCACGCAUCUCAUGUUGCUGCCGCGGGGCGGUGCUCCUCCUAUUCUGUGCCUAACGAUGUAUUGCUGUAAUAAAAUUAAUGAAAAAUAAA